AUGCAAGUUCCAUAUCCUUUGAGCACAAAUCCCAAUUGUGGUGAUCCAAACUAUCAUCUUCGCUGCGAUUCCCAUUCUCAGAAACUUUAUUUUGAUGCCAUGAAUGGAAGUUCUUACCUUGUACUGAGGAUCAUGGCCUCAUUCCAGAGCAUGGUGGUGCAACCAUCACCAUGGGUGUCGUCUACCUCGUGUGUUACUCAAGACAUGGUAGUGAGCGAGGGCCUGCGAUUAAACCGGACACUCCCUUUUAAUCUCACUUUCUCUAACACUAUCUUUCUUUUCAACUGUUCACCUCGGCUCUUGCUCACUCCUCUCAACUGCACUCCUUCCAGCCUCUGUCAUCGCUACUUGGAGAGCUCAGGACACGUUGACAAGAAUCGAGCACUGAAGUGUGCUAGCAAUCCUGAUCUCAACCCCUGCUGCACCUUUGUUGCGGGAGGAAUGCCCUCAGCGUACAGGAUUCGGCUUCACAAUUCAGGUUGUAAAGCCUUAAGAAGCAUCCUUAAUUUGGAUCCUGAAAAACCUGCAAGUCAAUGGGAAGAGGGACUGGAAAUUCAAUGGGCUUCUCCACCAGAACCUGUCUGUAACUCACAGCUUGAUUGUUCCGGAGCCUCAAAGUGUUCACCUGCUGGAAUGAAUGGCCUGUCUCGCUGCCUUUGUAACGGGGGGUAUUACUGGGACCAUGUUCAUGGAACUUGCAAGAAAGAUAAGCAUAAAUCGAAAGCUGCCGGCCUUCUGAGUUUAAAGGUCUCAAUAGGGGUGAUCUCCUUUCUGUCUCUUGGAGCAGUAAUGAUUGUGAUUUUUGUACGCAAGUCCUCGAAGCGUUUUAAUCGAGCAAAGCUUGCCAAGGCAAGAGAAGACAUGUUAAAAUCAGGCGACAAGCUUCUCACUUCUCAAAAGGCCAUUGACUUCUCACGAGAUCAAGAUGAUGUGAACCUCGCUAUUUAUGUGAGCCAAGCAGCCAAAAAUGGUGCAAUCAUGGAGGUUGUAGAUCAACGGCUAAUUGGCACGGAGCCAUCGAGUAAUGUACUAAACAGUGUACAACUCUUCUCAGAGCUCGCCUUUGCAUGUCUGAGGGAGAAGAAAGCAGAUAGGCCUAGCAUGAGAGAAGUUGUUCAACAGCUUGAAUGCAUAGUCCAAAUAGUGGAGGAAAAUUAA